AUGGAUCAAAAUCCUGCCACUCGAGUCACUGUGGAUCUGUUGAUCCUCGACUACAUGGUCUGUCUAUGUGUUAGCAGGAUCCUAGAAGCGAUCCAGAAUGGACCAAAUGAGGACAUUGAAUGGUUUGCAAUUUCUGUUGAACCUCAAGAAUUACACCGGUUGGUUCUUGGUCAUCACCUUGAAGGCCCCCUGCCCUGGGACCUGGAUCUUAAAUUGCGCAUCUUCUACCUGUCCAAUCUAUUUCUCCACUGGGACCCUCCUAAAGAUCGUGACCUCGUUCACUUUGUGCCCCUCUCUGACAUCGCAGUUCAGUUCAUGGACCUCUGUCACUCCACAGUUGAAAUCGUAUCCCGGAGACGUUGGUUCGACCUUGGCGCCCACUUCAUGGUCCAUGCAAUGCUAGAAGAACAAGAACACUUUCCAGACCAGCUCCAGAGACUCUGCAACUGGAGAACCAACGACGGUGAACUCGAUAUAUGGUGGGAGGUCAGCCGUAUUAUGUUCCUGGAGCAUGUACCACCCCCAUUUGGUACCGCGGAUUCAAUGAGCCGAGAGGAGCUUGAUAAAACAUUUCCACCCGAAGCCCUACAGGAUCGUUUUGUUGAUUUUUUCGAAGACUUCAUGGAUAUCCUAGAUGUGCCCCUUCUUCUUCAGCUGGAGUAUGGUCAGCUGGAAGGUUUGACCCGGGAGGAGACACGACAGAUCCUAGAGUAUUGUGGAUCGUAA